GGAAAUAUCGAGACUUACACGGGAAGAAUUCAGUCGACAUCAUGGAGAGCUUGAGCGAAGGUGACAGGGCGGUCCUGAAGACGAUCUUCGACCCGCUUCAGCCGCUCGGCCCGUCCGAUUUUCCAGGCUUCCCGGUUCCCCAGGAAGUUGAGGGGGAUGCUUCCGAGGAGAAUCAGUUAGAACCGGAUGUACUAGACAUCGUGAAAAGGGCAAUAGUCUGCGCGGAAGAGAAGAACUUUGACGAAUCUUUCCGGCUUUUUCACGAGGCGUUGAAACAGGCGCCUGAAUCGCCGUCGAUCCUAAACGACAGAGCCCAAGCGUUACGUCUGGCGAAUCGAGUCGAAGAAGCGUUGAAGGAUCUGCAUCUGGCGGUGGAAUUGAGCGAGGGAAAGGGAAAGGCCGGCACGCAGGCACUUUGUCAGCGCGGCGCCCUUUACCGUUGGAUGGGGCAGGACGACAAGGCCAGGGAAGACUUCACCCGUGCGGCCAAGGCUGGCUCGAGCUUCGCUAAAUCGCAACUGGUCGCUCUGAAUCCGUACGCGGCUAUGUGCAACGCAAUGCUGCGCAAGAUGACAAUUGAAGGCCAAUCGACCUUAAUCUAACGCGGUUAAUUGCAGGUCGAAACAGUGGCCACUUAAAAUAGAUAUAUAACGCUUUAUUUUAUCUUUAUUUCCAUAUAGAUAAAUCCACGUGCGGAUCCACAAGAUCUACAGAUCCUGAUAUAAUGACAGUUGUAAAAGUAAUAUAAUAAUAAUAGUAAUAAUAACAAUGAUCAUUGGAAAUUUCGCAUAAAAAUAUAAAUUAUCUGCAUUAAACCCGGAAUAUAUGUAUAUUCAUUUGUAAAAUUGGGCCUAAUUUCUGCUAAAAAGGAACUCGCGCUAAAUCGCCGAACAACGAAGAAAACGUCAAGUUCUGUACCCGUAAAGAUUCCUUCUCUUCCAGCUAAAUCAGUCCUGCCUAGAUUCGAAGAUUUACAUCUAACGGAGACAACUCGGUGCGUAUUAAUUAACUACAUUGUCGGUAGACAUUGAUCGCAUUCAGAGAGAUUGAAGACUUCGAACAGUACCCACAAUUUAUUCAACGGAAACUGAUAACGAAAUUACGUCUAAUACGAUUUCCUCAUAUUACACAUAUAUGUUUGUAUAGAUAUCUAUAUAUGAAUAAAAUAUGCCUCGUAUCACGCU